AUGGCUUCACAAAAACUCACGGUCGCGUCUCUGGAACCAGUAGAACUCGAUGACAACAACUCGAAAAAAAACUUGGAGGUUUCGCCGGUCGUUUCCGACAUUGCGGAGCCUGCGUCCACUCCAGUUUCAGUACCAGCCACCACAGUGGAAGAUAAACAGGCGAACAAGGCACCAGAGUCGAAGACAGAACCAAAGAAAGAGUCAAGCAAGGAGACGCUUCCGGUAUCCAACAAAAGCACCGAGAAGUCUGAGUCAAUUGUGGAGGAUGCCCCUCCAAAACCAAAGAGACCAUUGUCUCCACUUGCCCAGAAGAAGAAGGAUCUCUGCGAUGCUUUCCCACAAAUUGAGGAGAAAUAUAUUCAUGCUUGUCUCAUUGCCUCGGGCGGAAACCCAGACCCGGCAUUCAAUGCUUUGCUUUAUUUGCUGGACCCUUCAUAUGAGCCUGAGAUUGUUUCUGUUGAACCUCCCAAAGCACCACUUCCCCCGGUCGCAUUAACCGACGACGAGCUUUUGGCUCGUCAAUUGCAGAAGGAGUUUGACAAGGAAGAGAGAAAGAGACGAAUUCAGGCUACACAACGCCAGAGAAAGUCCGUUCAGCACCAGUCUGAGGAGGACUCACCCGAUGAAUUCGAGCAAUUGAAAGAAAGUUUCACCCAGGGCUUUGAGGAGGCCAAACUGACUCUUAACAAUUGGGUCAGCGGAAUUUCCAAGAACUUCAGCGGCGACAACAACGCCUCUCAGAAUAAGGGCGGAAACAAUAACAAUCUGAGUCCUGCAUUGUUUGGAGCUCUUGGCGGUUCUUCUUUCAAUAAGAAUAACCAGAGAAAUAAGAACUUCGAUGAUGACCCUGAGAUUUUGUCGCUGAACUUUCAGCGCAAUUUGGACAUGCGCGACCUGGCUCCACCAUUACCACAGAAACCAAAGACUGACGCCAAAAGUACCAAGUGGCAACCUCUUAAUUCGGAUGUUCCCAUGUCGUCCGACGCAUUCUUGGUGACAGACUCUGAGGAUGAAGACAAGACAGGAAAAAAGCUUUGA